GCGUGGUGUAGUCAGUGAGGCGAACGUCGUCUUAAAGACGACAUGUCGUCAAAGAAAUAUACAAGCGUAUAAACAACAACCCCUCUCGGGAUGGGACCUCCUGCAAAUAUUAUCCCUGUGACAUAUUUAUUCGGGGCGCGAUGGCACUUCAGAUGAAAGGGUUGCUCCUUAUAUUGUUUUGCGCUCUCGCCCGGGGAAAGGGGGAAGACAAGCUCGAGAUAUUUGACGUUCUCUCCGUGGUCAGCUAUGAUGAACUUCCUGAAGGGGUGUCACGGACUCCAGGGCGAUGUCAAAAUAAUCCUUCAGAGCAAGAUUACUCAGCUCUUUCCCUUAACGAGAACGCAACAUUGCAUCAGCUCGCUGCAGGGAUGUUUUAUAAUACGUUUCCUGAAGACUUUUCCAUAUUGUCAGUCGUUAGACUAAAUGGCCCAGAACAAAAUCCUCUCUUCGUAUUAUACUCGGACGCCGGAGACGAACAACUACAAGUGGUCGUUGGGGAGAUGGUAGAAUUGUAUUACGAAGAUACACGAGGAGAUCCCGAGGAUCAUGAGCUACUCAGCUUCCGAGUCAACAUUACAGAUGAAAAAUGGCAUAGAGUAGCACUAAGUAUAAAGGGUGACUCAGUAACAUUGUUAGUAGAUUGUGAAAUUCAAGAUACACUGCCUUUACGACGUCAUCCGGGAAGUACAUUCAACUUGGCAGGAGUUUUAGUAGUCGGAGCUCAAGUGACGCCAGAUCAAUAUUACGAGGGCGAUAUUGAAUUGCUCCAAUUUGCUAAUCAACCGGACCUUGCCUACGAUAUGUGUAUAUCAAUCGCCCCAGACUGUGGAUCCUUUGGGUUGCAAACAUCAGAUUUAGCGUUGGAUAAUACUGAUUACGAUGAAAAAGACUACGACGAUCGUAUUUCAGUAACGGAAUCGUUAGUUCACGUUGAAAGUGAGGGGAAACCUUCGGAUCAAUUUGAUCAGAGUUUACUUAUAGAAAGACAGAAUCAAUCGGAGAAUCAGUGGGCAGUUUCAAGCAGAGAUAUGCCUACAUUGAGGCCGUAUUGGCAAGUCUCGGAGUCGUAUGCUGUGACCCCACCCUAUCCUUUAGUAACAGAUAAUGAUGAAAAUAGCAUCUUCGGGAGAUUUACGGAUUCAGAUGAUUUUAUUUCUUCCGGUAACAUUCAAGGAACGCCACCCUCACUCCUAGAAGUAUCUAGUACAACGGUUAAAAAUGAUGUUGAUGAAGACGUUGCUCUGACCACAACUGAAGUAUCGUCUGCGGGGAUAACGACUGAAGAUACGGAUUAUCUCACCCACCCACCAGAUAUUAGGGGUAACUCUUCUACUGGGUAUGAUAAUUCAGACAGUUACUAUGACUAUGGCACAAUUGGCACUUAUUUGGGACCACGUGGGUACCCUGGACCUCCUGGUAGGCAAGGUCCACGAGGACCCAAAGGGGAACCUGGGAAGCCAGGUGCCGAGGGUCAACAAGGGUUUCAGGGAGCUCCAGGGCACGUUUUCGUAGUCCCGUUGCCACAGUCGGGAAAUGAUAAGGGACCUGACGCACAUUCGGAAGCACUACGCCAAAUGUUAACACAACAUAUGGCUUCAAUGCGGGGUGCGGAAGGCCCCAUGGGUCUCACAGGACCGCCGGGUCCUGAAGGCCCUACUGGAGUUGAAGGUUCGAAGGGCGAACAAGGAGAUCAAGGUGAACCAGGACCACCAGGAUCAAGGGGCCUCCAAGGACAACCUGGAAGAUUAGGACGUCGAGGCCACCCAGGCAGAGAUGGAGAACGAGGUCCACCCGGACCUCAAGGUCUAAAAGGAGAUCAAGGAUACCCUGGCCAAGCCGGAAUACCUGGAGAUAAAGGCGAAAGGGGUACACCAGGACAACAGGGAGAAACAGGUGCUCCAGGUUUAGAUGGACCUCCUGGUGAAGAUGGACCUCCAGGACCCCCAGGAAUUUCGGGUGAAUUGGGGCCUAGAGGCUUUACCGGCCCAAGAGGAUUUCCGGGUCUUAUUGGAUAUCCCGGUAUACCAGGAAACGAAGGCCAACAAGGCAUAAAAGGUGCCGCAGGACAGCCAGGUCCACCUGGAUCCCCGGGUCAACCAGGAGUAAUGGGACCACCCGGAUCCCCAGGACCUCAGGGUCCCAUUGGGGCCCCAGGAUUACAGGGGUCCCAAGGGAAGCAGGGAAUAUCUGGUUUGCCAGGACCCGAAGGCUCACCAGGUACACCGGGUACACCUGGACAACAAGGUCCUGCAGGAGAUGUGGGAUUACCUGGUCCACAGGGUAUGUUAGGAUUUCCGGGGCCACGAGGUCUAAAAGGAGAUGACGGACCGCGUGGUCCACCCGGUGAUAAAGGAGACAAGGGAAUAAGAGGAAUUGAAGGAGAGAAAGGUGAAAUGGGACAAAAAGGGGAGCGCGGGGUGGCUGGAGAGCCUGGCCCUGCUGGUAUCGAAGGACCAGAAGGACAAAAAGGUUCAGAAGGUCCUAGAGGUGAAACUGGUUCAAUCGGUCCUGUCGGUGAAAAGGGUGCAACAGGACCUCAAGGACCAUCAGGUUACCCUGGAGCUCAAGGCGAAAAGGGAGAUAAAGGGGCUUCCGGCAGACGAGGAAGACGAGGGAGCAAAGGAGUUGCGGGCUUAGUAGGAAUUCCUGGAGACCGAGGCGAAAGCGGACCAAGGGGCUAUCGUGGCCCAAGAGGUCGUAGAGGAUCAGAUGGGCCGCCAGGACCUAAAGGCGAUACAGGACAACCCGGGCCUCCGGGGUCAAGUGGUGAACGUGGUCCACAGGGAUUGGAAGGGCCUAGGGGAUAUCCUGGGUCCAUCGGUCCACCGGGUAUUGAUGGAAAACCAGGAAUUCCAGGGACUCCCGGAGAAAGAGGAUCGACGGGUGAAACGGGGACUCCGGGACAAGCCGGACCUCCAGGCUUACCUGGACCCCCUGGAUCUAACGGUGAACCAGGUCCACCUGGUCUACAAGGACCGUCUGGUAUGUCAGGAGCACCUGGUGAGGUGGGUCCACCGGGAGAUUCAGGAAAAGAAGGACACCCGGGACCACCAGGACCGGAGGGAAAACCAGGCCCUCUGGGACCUCCAGGAUCACCUGGUGCAAACGGAGAUCCAGGUUUACCUGGGCCCCCCGGAAUUCCUGGAAGUAAAGGUGACAUGGGUCCACCAGGACAAGCAGGCGUAAGAGGUGAGAAAGGAGAACAAGGAGAACCUGGACGUGAAGGUUUACAAGGACUUAUUGGCCGAGAUGGGCCAAGAGGAUCUCCUGGACCAGGAGGUCAAAAAGGAGAAGUUGGCGAACCUGGUCCCAUAGGUCCUGUUGGUCGUGAUGGUCUACCAGGUCCACGGGGCCUCUCUGGGGUCCCUGGACCUAUUGGACCUCCAGGAGAAGAUGGUGACAAAGGUGAAUCCGGUCCACCUGGAGAAAAAGGUUUCAAAGGCGCAAUGGGGCAACCCGGCCCAUCGGGUGCUCCAGGAAUUCAAGGUCUUAGAGGAGAACCUGGACCAGUGGGUUUACCUGGUGAUAAAGGACCCCCGGGCGAUAUUGGUCCACCUGGACCGGCGGGAACUGAUGGCACACGUGGGCCUCCGGGACUUAUCGGAAAAAUUGGGCCCGAAGGUCCAAAAGGUGAUCAGGGUUCAAAAGGAGAUAGUGGAGAAGUCGGACCUAUAGGUCCCCCUGGACCCGCUGGUCCUACUGGAUCUGUUGGAAGGAGGGGUCCAAAAGGAAAUCAAGGUGAACAAGGUCCUAGAGGUCCGGAAGGAGACAGAGGGGAAAUAGGAAGCCCGGGAUCUACAGGUCCGCAAGGACCACAAGGAUCUGAAGGAAAAGUGGGACCACGAGGAUACGCAGGACCAAAAGGUGAUGAUGGAUUACCGGGACCUCCAGGUGAAGCAGGUGCUAAAGGACUUCCCGGUCCCGAAGGCGCCAAAGGUGACACUGGACCGUCUGGCUUCCCUGGAGAUAGGGGAGAACCUGGUCCACAAGGAGUCAAGGGUGAACCUGGUACUGAUGGUCCAGAAGGAAGCCCGGGACCCCCAGGUUCACCUGGACCAAUAGGACCUAUUGGAAAACCAGGUGAAACUGGUGUUCCAGGAAGUCCUGGCACCGAGGGGCAACCUGGUAUACAAGGAAAUCCUGGAAAUCCUGGUGAAAAGGGUAAUAUGGGUCCUAAAGGACUUCAAGGGGAACAAGGUCCACCAGGAGCAAUUGGUCCUGCUGGACCAGAAGGACCCCCUGGUUUAAGGGGACUGGCUGGACCAACUGGAGAUGUUGGAGCACCUGGUGUUAUGGGACCAAUGGGUGUACCAGGACCUAGCGGAUCACCCGGCCAACAAGGAAUAAAAGGAGAAAAGGGGAAUAGGGGAGCGAAAGGUCAUACUGGUGAUACGGGAAAUAUUGGAAUUAAAGGAGACCAAGGCGAAAUUGGAAAACAGGGACCAACAGGUCCAAUAGGUCCUAUGGGGCCAAAAGGAGACACAGGUCCAAUUGGGCCUCCCGGAUCCAAAGGAGAUGUAGGACCGGCUGGGCUGGCUGGACUUGAGGGACCUCUGGGCCCAAAAGGCACGGCAGGACCUGAAGGUCGCCCCGGUCUACCCGGCCCUCCCGGUGCUCCAGGACCUCCAGGUCCUCCCGCGCCAAUCCCUCAGCUACCUUCUGAUCUGUUCAUGUCCAGUAGACGAAGGCGAAGUAUUGAAACUGAAUCUACGGAAACCGCUACUGAAGAUAGUUAUGAAGAAGAAGAAAUCGAAUGGACUCGUGAGAUAAUGGCUGGCGUAUUAGCAGCUCGAGGAACGCUGGAUGCGGCCCGCCGACCGCGUGGUACUCGCUCCAACCCAGCGCUGUCGUGCAGGGACUUACGAACAUCUCAUGCUAAUUUAACUGAUGGUUUCUACUGGAUAGAUGCUCGUGGGGGUUCUGGACGUCCUAUUAAAGUGUUUUGCGAUGGCCAAAGCACCUGUUUGUACCCGGAAAAUGUCGAUGCUGCAGCUGUGUAUUUCGAUAUAUCAGGGCAGAAGUUCUCACAGCUUGAUGGAGGAUAUCGGAUAAAUUACGACAGCGAAGGUUCCGGCUUCAUACAAAUGCGUUUCUUACGAUUGCUAUCAACUGGUGCAAGACAAAAUUUCACUUACACGUGUGUCAAAACAGUUGCACCACAAAGAUCCGAUAUUCCCGUGGAUCUCAUAAAAAACAAAAAAAUUAAGUUGUUGGGUCAAAACAAUUUUGAGUUUAAAGAGCCCCAGAUAAUAAAGGAUGAUUGCAAGGAUGGCAAGGGACAAAUAGUGCUUGAAGUAAAGAUAUCACGGACUGAGAAGUUACCGAUCAUUGACUUCCAACCCCUAUCGUUCCUCGACGCUGAACACGAAUUCUCAUUCAACGUCGGGCCGAUAUGUUUCCACUAACCAUACAGUUAUGUACUUAAGAUCUUUGUAAAUAUUGUAAAUAAAUGUUGUGACGACUUUCA